AGCAAAAAGCAAAAGUAUUUGCGUUGAAAUUUCAGCCGGACGUGUUGCGGGAGCGCGUCAAUUGAACCGAAUCUCACUGAAAUAAAUACCGUGCGUCUGCGUCGUUUGUAGCAAUAAUAUUGAAAAGGCUAACCGGACUGUUGAACGGGACUCCACUAAAGCACGAGGAACGAGGAAAGACGACAGUCGCAAAGCAAAUAGAACGUUGGUCAUUCAGCAGCGCAGAGGAGCUUCAUUACAAAGAGAGAGAUUGAGUGUGUGUGUGUGUGGGUGCGUGUGUGUGUGGCGAGUGUGCGUGCGUGUGUGUGUGUGUGUGUGCGGCGACAGAGCUUUGACUUGAUCGAUAGUCAGAGUCAAGCAAAAUGUCUUCGCCAUUAGCACAGAACAACAACAACAGCAGCAGCAACAGCAGCCAAUCGCAGUCGCAGUCAACAGCAGCAGCGGCAGCGCAGCAGCAGCAAAAUCAAAAGCCAAAUUCUGCAGGCAGCGGCGUUAAUAACACACACGAUAAGAAUGCUGGCGGUGGCGGAGGCGGAGGCACAACAACGGGGACAUCAUCAGGAGCAGCCUCAGCGACUGCAACUGGAGGCGGAGGCGGAGGAGGUGGUGGUGGAGGAGGUGGGGCCGGACCACAGAGCCCGACAAAGCGCAGCACAAUAUCGACAAAGGAGCGUGUGAUCGACAGCGUACCGUUUCCACCCAGCCGCAAGUUGACGUGCUCCGAUGUGUUCGAUGCACGCACCGGGAAACCGCAUCACGAUGUACUUAAACAGCACUUCAUACUCGAGGGUCGCAUCGAGGAGAGCGCCGCGCUGCGCAUCAUCCAGGAGGGCGCUACGCUGUUGCGACAGGAGAAGACAAUGAUCGAUAUUGAGGCACCGGUGACGGUCUGUGGCGACAUCCACGGGCAGUUCUAUGAUCUGAUGAAACUGUUUGAGAUCGGCGGAUCGCCGGCAACGACAAAAUAUCUGUUCCUUGGCGAUUAUGUGGAUCGGGGCUAUUUCAGCAUUGAGUGCGUCCUCUAUCUGUGGUCGCUGAAAAUCACGUAUCCGCAGACGCUGUUCCUGCUGCGCGGCAACCACGAGUGCCGGCAUCUGACCGAGUACUUCACCUUCAAGCAGGAGUGCAAGAUCAAGUACUCGGAGCGCGUGUAUGAUGCGUGCAUGGACGCGUUCGAUUGCCUGCCGCUGGCGGCAUUAAUGAAUCAGCAGUUCCUCUGCGUGCACGGCGGCCUCUCGCCGGAGAUCCAUGAGCUGGAGGACAUCCGGCGGCUGGAUCGGUUCAAGGAGCCACCAGCCUUUGGCCCCAUGUGCGACCUGCUCUGGUCCGAUCCAUUGGAGGACUUUGGCAACGAGAAGAACUCCGAUUUCUACACGCACAACUCAGUGAGAGGCUGUUCGUAUUUCUACAGCUACGCCGCCUGCUGCGACUUCCUGCAGAACAACAAUCUGCUCUCGAUUAUACGGGCGCACGAGGCGCAGGACGCCGGCUACCGCAUGUACCGGAAGAGUCAGACCACCGGUUUCCCAUCGCUGAUCACCAUCUUCUCGGCGCCCAACUAUCUCGACGUCUACAACAACAAGGCGGCUGUGCUCAAGUACGAGAACAACGUGAUGAACAUCCGCCAAUUCAAUUGCUCGCCGCAUCCCUACUGGCUUCCCAACUUCAUGGACGUGUUCACCUGGUCGCUGCCCUUUGUCGGCGAGAAGGUCACCGAGAUGCUGGUCAAUGUGUUGAACAUCUGCUCCGACGACGAGCUCAUGACCGAGGAGAGCGAGGAGCCGCUCUCCGAUGAUGAGGCGGCGCUCCGCAAGGAGGUCAUACGCAACAAGAUCCGAGCCAUUGGCAAGAUGGCCCGUGUCUUCUCCGUGCUGCGCGAGGAGUCCGAGUCGGUGCUGCAGCUGAAGGGGCUGACGCCAACGGGCGCUUUGCCCCUCGGCGCUCUAUCGGGCGGCAAGCAGUCCCUCAAGAAUGCCAUGCAGGGCUUCUCGCCCAAUCACAAGAUUACCUCGUUUGCGGAGGCCAAGGGACUUGAUGCGGUCAACGAGCGGAUGCCGCCGCGUCGCGAUGCCACGCCUUCGCCGGCGGAGGAGGGGCAGAAAUCGCUGUCGGCGGCGGCGGCAGCAGCCGCAAAUGCGAAUGCAAAUGCAAUCAAUGGAUAAUCACUCGAUGAACAACAAGAAGAAGGAGAAGUGUUAACAGUCGAAGCAAAAGAAGAAGAAGCAGUGCAGCAAGUGAAUGCAGUGCAGCAAGCAGUGCGGUCAUCAGCAUCAUCAUCAACAGUAGCAGUAGACAAGCAGUGCAGCCGCUGUAACUGCCGCAGCAGCAAAGCAGUUGCCAAGCAGCAGCAUCAGCAGCAAAGUCAGUUUUAGAAGUCGACAGUUAAGUAAAUACACACACACACACACAACAACAGCAACAACAACAACAAAGUAAUAUACAUGGUACGGGAGUGCGUGCGAGUGGGAGCGAGAAAGCAAAUCAAAUAUUAAAUUGAGCAACACAGCAGCAACAAAGAGCAAAAGUUUUAAGCAGCGUCAAACAGCGCCAGCAUACACACACACACACACACACACAUGCAUACAGCAUCACACAUUCACAUUAACACACACCCACACACACACACAUACAGAGCGUGUCAGGCACGCAGCCGCAAGCAAGAGCAAACGCAAAAUGUAAAAGCAAAAGCAAACGCAAAAGCAAACGCAAAAUGCAAAGACAGCAGGAGAAAUUCGAGUUGAAUGAUAAAAGUUGAGAAAAUGGGAAGCGUUUAAUUUAUUGGUAUUAAAAACAAAAAGAGAACAAUUUAAAUAAAGAUGAACAAAAAACAAAAUAAAACAAAGAAAAAACCUAAUUAUAAAAUGCAGUUAAACCAUAUAGAAUUAUAUACAUACAUAUAUAUAUUUAUAUAUACACACACGUAUAAAUACAUAUAUAUAUAUAUAUUAUACAAACAUAACGUAUAUAUAUCAUCAAAAUUUUGUGCAACGUUAUAUCAAAAAAAAAAAAAGAAAAUGGAAAAUGAUGAAGCCAAGUUUACGCCGCUGCUGGCGUUGACGUCGCUGUCGCCGCGCAGUCGCAGCAAAUUAGGUAAAUUAAAUUAUUUGCUAAAAAAAAACAAAUAAAAUUAAAGAUACAAUUUCAAAAGAGCAAGAGAAACAUGCAAAAAUAAAAUCCUUCUUAUGUAAAAGCUCGUCUCUGUAUUAAGAAAACAAAACAAAAAACAUCAUCCACGAAAAAACGGUAAUCCAAAAUACCCAAAAAACGAAACAAAACUAAACUAAAAAAAAAGAAUUCUAAAAACAAGAAAACAAAAAAAAAGCUAAGAAAUUUUACUACUUUCGUUGUGUGGCGCCGAGGGCGACUUGAAAAAACAAAAACAAACCCAAAAGAAAAUGAUAAUGAAAAUGAGAAUGAAGAAAACAGCUAAACACCAAUAAUAAGCUAAUGUUAAACUACUUCCUACAACAACAACAACAACAAAAACAACAGCAAUAUUUUACUACAAUCUUUUAUUACAAAAAAAGAAAAGAAACAAAAAUGAAAAAUACAAGAAAAAACAACAGACAACAAGCUAAAAACGACUGAAUCUCUCUCUGUCUCUCUCUCUCUCUCUGUCUUUCUCUCUGUCUCUUUCUAAACAACAACUACAACUACAAAUUGUUCUCUCUCUUUUUCUAACACGCUCUCGCUGUCUCUGUUUGUCUUCGACUUUCUCAUUCUAUCACUCUGUCUCUCUCUGUCUCCCUUUGACACACACACACACUUAAACACACACACACAUACACACGUGCGUCUGUUGAGUAAACUGAAAGUUUAUGAGCAACAUUCGUUGUCGUCGCCAUUGUCGCCUCACACUCUCUCAUCUGGUGAUUGUGUAUGUGGUCUUUAUAUACGUGCCAUCUUUGUCGUAGUCAUUAGCUGAAUAUAUAUACAUAAUUAAUACCGUAUAUACAUAAAUAUUGUAUAUGAUUAAACUAAACAAAACUCUCAACUCUUGCUGCAGCGAUGCAGGCGUCAAAUGUGCAGCAGCAACCAACAGCAACAGCAGCAAAAGCAACUCUUUAAUCUCUUUAAUCACAAACAACGCGCGCGUUUUCGCUCUGUCUCUCACUCUAUCUCGCUCUCAAACUUUCUCUGUCUCUCUCUCUAUCUCUCUUUGUCUAUUUUAUCACUCUACUGCGAUCAAACAGCAGCAAAAACGUCGAAUCUCAAUUCAAAGCGCACUCUGCGCCUGUUAGGUAUGCAAUAAAAAAUUUCAUACACUGCUUGCCUUCUUUCGACUGCUUGCUUUCUUUCGACGCCAAACCCUCCCUCCAUCCCUCUCUCUCUCUCUCUCUCUCUAUCGCCAUCACAUUUGCGCCUGCGUCGCCGGCGUGUGUCAACUUCUCUUUUUUAUACUUAAUCGAAUUUUAGUUAUUUGUUAAAACGAUGCUAAACAAACAAAAAAAGAAGAAAACAAAAUAAACAACAAUUAAUAGAACAAAUGAAAUUGAUGCAAAAAACAUUGCAAACUGGAAUAUGUCAAAAAGAAAUGUGUUUGCAAAAUGCUAUCAAAUAAUUGGAUUGUUUUCAUUUAGCUGUUAUCAUUAUUUGAUCUUUUUUUUUAUCUACUUUUAUUUAUUGUAAAAAAAAAUAAAACAAAAACGAUGUAAUAUUUAUGCAUAUAAAUUAUAAAUGAAAUUGUUGUUUCUACCUUAAACGAAAAAAAAAAAAAAAAAAAACAAAAUACAAAACAAAAAAGAAAUGCAUAUGUUUUUACUUUUUGUAUAUUUACAUACAACAAUUUAUUGUUUACUACACUCUAAGUAAAAUAAGUUAAAUGAAUUUAUAAAAUAAAAAUGCAAAACAUUGAAAAACAAACAACAACAACUACAACAGAAAAAAAACGAGUGCAAGUUCUCUGCAACAAAAAUAUAUAUUCUAUGAUUGAAACGUUACCAAAACCAAUUAAAAAUGGAAAUGAUAAGGAACAUUAAACACACACAAACACACACACACACUUACACUUAAUAUGUACAUUUAUUUUUAAGUUUACAUUUAAAUGUUGAAAGGAGAAAGAUGAAAGAAGAGAAGAAAAGGAAAAAAAACAGUAGGUAAAAGGGGGAAAUAAAAUGGUAAAUAAAUUGUGCGGUUAGCAAACAAUUCAAAUUCGAUGAUAAAGACGAAUGUAAUAAUACCAAAUGCAAACAUAUAGCAAUUUGAAAUACUUUAUAAACAAAUAUACAUACAUACAAAACAUAUACAUAUAUGUAUAUAUAUAUAUAUAUGCAUAAGAUGAAAAUGAUGAUUAUAUACACAUCUAUCUCUCUCUAUAUAUACAUAUAUAUAUACACACAUGCAUGCAUUGAACAUAUUUGAAAUUUUGCAAAUUUGAAAUUUGAAAUCUGAAAUCGAAAAUCGAAAAUCGUUAGCCCAGAGACAGAAGAGAGAGAAGACGAUAUAGCAGCAGUAACAGUUAAAAUCAAACCCAGAGUUAAUGAAAAAUAGUAAUAAUAAAUACAUGAAAUUAUGCAGAAAAUGUUGCCUCUUAUAUAUACAUAUAUAUAUAUACUACAACACAACACACACACACACACAAAUGUUGAAUUAAGUUUAUAUAGGCAAAAGUAACAAAUACAGCAACAAAAAUAUACUUAAAUCGCGCCUAUAUUGCAUGGGUACAUGCGCAACAAAGAGAGACAGAGACAGAGAGAGAGAGCGGGAGCGAGCGAGCGAGAUAGCUAGAGAUAAAUGCGAUGCAGAGCAAGGAGGAGAGCGAGAAAGCGAGCGAGCGAGCGCAACAGUAGAAAUUGGUUAUUAACUCUAGCACCUAAAAGCAGGCAACAGUUUUUUUUCUUCUUUUUUUUUUGCCUUUGCCUUUUGCCUUUGUAUGAGACUGUACCCAUGCGCGCAUACAAUAAACAAUAAAUAUUAACGUGAAUUCAAACAGAAUACCAGUAAAACCAAAUACAACAACACUUUGUGCAUACAUAUAUGUAAGCGUAUGUAUAUAUAUAUUCACACACACACACACAUACAUGUAUGUGUAAGCUACUUAAGCGUUACAAGAUUUAAGCGUUUCAACACACUCAUUUUCCCAAAAAAAAAAAAAACAAAAAAAACAGAAAUUACACAAAAAUAGUCAAAGAAGCAAAAAGUUAAUGUUUAAUGCAAACCAAAAUAAAACAUACUACAAACCAAAGUAAAACAAUUUUACAAAACGUUUAUUGCAUUUCAAUUCCAGAAAUAAAACUAUAUUUAAACAUUAUUGCAAAGACAAAGAACAACAACCAGAAAAACAAAACAAAAGAAAAUGCGAUGCAACAAAAAAUUACUAUGAUUAUUUUCAACAAAAAAUGAAAACAAAAGUAAAUUAUAUAUAUUAUAUACUUAUAUAAAAUGAAAAAGAAAAAAUCACAAAAUGAAUUUAAACAAAAGCAAACCCAUACAUGCAUACAUAACAUACAUACAAACAUACAUACUUAUAUAUAUAUAUAUAGUAUAUAUACAUACUUUUCUCCUUCAAUCCCGCCCCAUACAUGCAAUUUAGCGCGCUCUUCUAACAAAAAAACAAAACGAAAAAAAGAAAAUUAAUAAUGUUUAAUAUGCAGCUAACAUAAACUAAGCAAACAACAUAUACAUAUAAAUAUAUAUACGCGUGUACAUACAUAGCUGUGUGUGUAUAUGUUUGUAUAUAUGUGUGUGUAUAUAUUUAUUUAUAUAUAUUUAAAAAGAAUACAACAAAACAAAAACAAAAAACAAAACCAAUACUUUUAUACUAUAUACACAAAAUAAAAAACUAAACUACAACUUUGAGGAAGAAAACAAAAAGAAAAAAAUGAAAAAAAAAAACACAUUUCUGAUCUGAUCUUUUUUCCAAGGCUCAUCACGCAACCGCUCUUAAAACGCUCUUCUCGACUCUUCUUUCCAUGCAUACACAUCACUUUUUAAUGAUACCUUUUCUACUACAGCCACAAUAAAAUUAUAAAUUUACCCAAAAAAACCAAAACCAAAAAAAUGAAAAAAAAAACCACAAAUUAAAUUAAUUGCAUAAUAAAUUAAAACUGAAAAUGCAAAAAACAAAAAUAUUGUUACAAACCUUAAAAAUAUUUCAAAAACCAAAAA